AUGAGGGGACAAAUUACAAACUUAUCUAAAAUUAUUUGUAAAAACAGUUGCACGAAAGUUCAUCCUCUAACGAGAUUUUUGAGUACACAAGAGGCAGUUGAUCGACGUUAUCAUCUCUUUACGCUCGAGAAAAAGCGUCAGUAUGAUAAUGUCGGUCGUAUCGAGAAGAUAGAAGUUCAAUACAAGGGACUACCAAAUAAUUGCACUUUUGUCAUGAAUAAGGAUAUAUCUACACCUUACGAUUGUGCUAGACAUUUAAGUGAAUGGCACACGGAGACGAGUGCCUUAGCACUACUUGAUGGCACAGUCUACUGGGACAUGCAUAGACCACUCACUGAGAAUUGCACCUUAGAACUACAAAAUUUCAACGUCCCCGAGCCCCAACAAGUAAACAAGGCAUUCUGGCGGACAUGCUCCUUUAUGCUCGGCGCGUGCGCAUCUGUUGCUUUCAAAGAUACCGUCCCUAUCAAAUUACACAGCUUCCCUGGACCAGACAUCCGCAGCGGAUCUUUCAUCUAUGACAUAGACCUCCCCACUUUGCCCAACUGGCAGCCAUCCAACAAGGAGCUGAUUACUUUAGCAGCUGAAUAUGUAAAGCUAACUCGAGAGAACAAACCCCUGGAGAGGCUGGAGGUCGGUGAAGAGUUGGCUCUGGAGAUGUUCGUGGAUAAUGAACAUAAAACUAAACAGAUACCGAGUAUAGCUAGAAAUAAUGGUAAAGUAACAUUGUACAGAGUUGGUAAACACGUGGAUAUAUCGAAAGGACCCAUGAUCAGCACAUCUGGACAAAUCGGACGCAUCGCCAUCGCUUCCGUUCAUAAAUUAAACGGAUCGAAGAACAGCGAUGUAAAAAAUCUGUACAGGUUUCAAGGUGUAGCACUACCCACUGGUGUGAUAAUAAACCACUUCGCAUUCUCCAUACUCACAGAUAGGGCAAAGAAAUUGAACGUAUCAAGAUCACCUGCAAAGGCUGUCGAUAAUGAAGAGGCAGACAGCGUAGCGGCGCGGGCGUAG